UGAAGAAGCAUGUGACUUCACACAAUUAUGGCCACUGUAUCGCCAUCGUAUUUAGAGCCAACAUCCGCUCAGAUCGGUUUUCUGUCCAUGGAGCGAAGACGCAUUCAGCUUUACAGUGUGGCCGGGCGUUGUGCUUUGCUGAUCUGAUAACGGUGCACACAGACUACAAUCACGAUACUAAAUAUGGCAGAAACUUCAAACACACAAUCUUCAUCCGAAAGUCCACAGAAUAUUAGAACAUGCAUUACCAUCACUCUAAGUUGGACACUGACCUUGGUUCUACUCCGCCUUCAGCUUUUCCUCCCAUUCAUCACCUGCAGAAAGGAGCGGUGGAAGUAUGCUUGCCAUGAGCAUUCGUCCUUCUUUCCUUUUAACAGAAGUAAGCGCCUUAACCUUAAAAUUCUUAACUCGAUGCUGUUGGAGUUGUGUGCUCUGAAUGCUCUGCCUGUUGUCGUUUUUAUACGCAUGUUCUUUCCUCCAUCUCCUAACUGUCUGCUGUCAAUGCAUGCCACCGAUCUUCUUCGUUGAAUCAACCGUUCUUUCGUCACCCGGUCUUACA